AUGUCUCAUCCUGAAGAACGAAAAGAUUGUAAAACCAAGUUCUACGAGAUCAACUACCCGACCAAUUAUAGUAUCAAUAUGGAUUUCAUCAGAACAAUCGACGAGUUCCGUGAAUUGGUCGAUCGCAACAAGUACACCAUAGUGUGCUUCAUCAGUUCCAAAAUUACAUCCGGAUCAGUUGUGGAACCGACCUACACGCGCAUAACUACCGCGAUACCAACCGAGAUGCUAAGCAUAGUCAUCAUUAACCUGAAUGAAAGCCCCGCUAUCUCCUCGCUUGCCGAUGUUGAAGAAGAGAUGCUGUUGGUUUUUAUGAACGGGAAGGAGAUAGCAAGACAUCCUGGCAUUGCGCCUGAUCAACUGGAGUACGUGGUAUCAAAAACCUUGUGCGGAUUGGGAGAGAUCAAAGAAGGCUUCACGCAGGGUAUUUGUUCGAGAAAUUGA